AUGGCUCAAUCGAUCCCACCCGGCGACAUCAUCACUCAACCAAAUGCCAAAGUCGUCUUCAAUGCUCCCUACGAUGACAAGCACACCUAUCACAUCAAGGUGACCAAUUCUGGCGGUCGUCGAAUUGGAUGGGCAUUCAAGACGACCAAUAUGAAGCGUCUCGGCGUCGAUCCACCAUGCGGUGUCUUGGAUCCAAAGGAGGACGUUCUCGUGGCUGUGUCGUGUGAUGCCUUCGCUUUUGGACAAGAGGACACCAACAAUGACCGCAUCACGAUCGAGUGGACCAACACCCCCGACGGUGCCGCCAAGCAAUUCCGCCGUGAAUGGUUCCAAGGCGAUGGAAUCGUCCGUCGCAAGAACUUGCCCAUCGAGUACAACUCA